GCGGAGGGUGAAUGGAAGAGGAGGUGCUCCCGUACAGGCUACCAAAUCACGGCAGAGAAGUGCUGUUUUGAAUAAUUAAUAGACAAAUAACUAUGUAAUAUUAAAAGAAUGCAAACGUGUGGACUUCUAUCAACGUGAACGUCAAACUGCGGGCGCUUUUGUGGAACUUUCCACGGCUGGAACAGGAUGACAACAGCACAAAAGUGUUGGCAACCUGCAAAUGCUUCAGUUCACCCUCACUGGAUCUCACAGCACCCAACAGCAAAGAUGAGGAUACAGGGACAGCCUGAGGACACGAGGAGGCGUCUGGAUUUAAAUGCAGUGGGUGAGGUCAGGGCUGUUGAGGUCAUCCGUGGACGGACCGGAUAUGGCUUUACUAUUUCAGGACAGAGGCCGUGUCUGUUGAGUGGCAUCCUGGAAGGAAGCCCUGCUGAUCGGGUGGGACUCAGACAAGAAGAUCGCAUCGUGGCCAUCAAUGGAACUGACGUGUCUGCUGCUUCACACGAGGCUGUGGUGAAGUUGAUUGGCAGCUGCCGUGGACCUUUGCGUUUGGUGGUGCAUGCUGUAGGUCGAAUGAAGGGAGACCCCAUCCUCAAUGAAGCAAAAUGUGGGUUUGGGCAGAGAAGCGGUAUUUUCCAAAAUGCAGGUGUUCUCAGAACUGUCUCACAUGAUUCAAGCAAAUCCUCCUUAAACUCUACUCAUGCUGAUUUUUCCAAACAGAGGCCCGUUUCAGAGCCUGAUCUGUCACAAUGGUCCCAACAGUGGAGUGUUUUAGCUGAGCAGCGAAAGAAGGAAGCUUCCACUUUGGGAGACAGAGACUCUGUUUUUACAGACGCAGAAGAGGCCAAUCCAGACUGGGGGAUUUUAAAUAUGACCUUGGUUGUGGGCUACCUGAGCUCCACAGAACUGAUUUUAAACACUACUGAAUCAGAGGAUGACUGUUUAAAAGCCAUUCGGGAGAGAAUACGACAUUUGGGUACAGAGCAGAGUACCCAUACUCUAGUGAUGAUGAAGAUCAUGUUUAAUUGCAUACGACUUUGUGAUGAUGUAGGUGCUGUUUUGGCAGCAUUUCCUGCUGAGAACCUUGUCUUGGGGGCUGUAUGUGCUGAAGACCCACGUUUUUUUUGCCUGGUCACAACAGCACAUAUUAUCAAUGGCCAUGUACCAGACAAUGGUCCACUGCGAGCCUCCUGCCAUGUAUUUUUCAUUGACCCAGACCUGGGAAACCAUGAGGACCACGUAGGGAUUGCUGGCCGUUUUGGCUUUGUUUGUUCUCCAGACCCAGAUGCCUCAGGCUGCCUGGAAUUCCCUCUGACUCCCUCAGAUGUUCUUCACUUUGUAACAGUCCUAUACAGUGACUUGGGAGAGACUGUGGAGAGGCUUAGAGUUAAACUGGACACAGAACCUCAGCAGCAAGCCAAAGAGAGCGACAGCACUGUCAAACAAGGAAGUGCCAGCAGCAAUGGUGACAGUGGUUUUGGAAAUGCUUCUCCCAUUGAGGAGAGAGCAGACAGGGAUUUCCCUUCUGCAAUCCAAAACCAUCCUGGGGCCCGCCUCCCCAGCUGUCCAUGGGAUUAUCCUCUGCCUGUAGACCUCACUCCAAUAAACCUCUCCAAGAAUGGCCAAAGAGUUAAUCUGGAAAACAGUGCAACCACACAUUCUCUUUCAGAGUCACUACCUGGCCCAGAUUCUCUAACCACUUUUUAUGGAGGUCCCCCACCUAGGCUAGAGUUCCAGUUUAAGCCCCCACCAUCUCCUGUGCCUUUAAGUAGAAAAAAGAACUUCUUUGGAGAUCAUCUCAGGGGUAGUCAAAGGUGGUUCUCCAAGCCAAAGUGGCCUAAAGUCCUAAGUACUGAUCCUGAACCUCAAGAAGUGUCCACCAAUGGGUCUCUCAAUGUUAACCUUAGCGCCAGCACAAAUAACCUGCCCCCUCCAAUGAGCCAGAUACCUUCAGACAGGUACCAGUCAGCUGAGGUCCUGAUGCUUCCUCCCAGGGAGGAAUGGACCAAAAGGUUUCUUGAACAGAGGCAGAAACAGCGGAAGGACUGGAGUACUAAACAUGGAUCCAGGUUUUGGGGUAUCGGUGCUGUCCGUUCCUCCAAACCUCAUUCUGCCAAACGUCUCAGCCUUGCACGAUCACUGGAUGACCUUGAGUCUGCUGCUUCGUCUGAUGGCGACUAUAGUGGAAUCCAGUUGCAGGGAUGCUGCAGCCAGAGCAGUCUAAACAGUAAUGGCAGUCUACCGGGAGCAGGCAGCUAUCGAGGGGCUCCAGAGCAACGUGUGGCUAGCUGGGCGGCCUGCUUCGAGCGUCUCCUCCAGGAUCCUGUAGGUGUGCGGUACUUCUCGGAAUUUCUAAAGAAAGAAUUCAGUGAGGAGAAUAUCUUGUUCUGGCAGGCCUGUGAAUACUUCAGUCAUGUCCCUGCAACUGAUAAAAAGCAGCUGUCCCAGAGAGCUGGAGAGAUUUACAACAGCUUUCUGUCCAGUAAGGCCACCAUGCCAGUUAACAUAGACAGCCAAGCCCAGCUGGCUGAUGACGUCCUCACCUCCCCACGGCCUGACAUGUUCAAGACCCAGCAGCUCCAGAUCUUCAACUUGAUGAAAUUUGACAGCUAUUCACGAUUCCUCAAGUCCUCCCUCUACCAGGAGUGUAUGCGUGCUGAGGUGGAUGGUCAGCCGUUGCCGGACCCCUACCAAAUCCCCUGCAGCCCCGCACCCUCAAAACACAGUGCUAGCUCUGACCGCUCCACUCUCUCCACUCCAAAAAAGGAAGGCAGGAAGCACCGGUCAGGGAGGUCACUGAAUGAGGAAAGCAGAGAUGAAAGUGCCGACAAGAAACGUGGCAUCUUCUUCUCAUGGUCCCGCAACAGGAGCUUUGGGAAAGGUCCAAAGAAGAAGGACAUUGGAGACAUUAACCUCGAUUACUGGGGAAGUAAUGGGAGGAGGGAGUCCCAGGGCUCCUUGUCGUCCGGCACCAGUCUGGAGAUGGCCACUUCCUGCUCUGCUGGCAAGAUUGAGACGGAUAAUCGCCACUCAGUUGGAGCGUGGGAACGUUCACCCAAACAUUGUAGCGUGUUGCUACCUGAUGGUUCCUGUUCAUCUAUCACCCUUCGGCCCAGCGCAUCCAUUAGAGAAGUCCUCCAAGACCUCUGUCACAGCAUUAGUGUCAACGUUGCCGCCGUCGACCUGUUCCUGGUGGGAGGAGAAAAGCCUUUAGUGUUGGACCAAGACUGCAUGACCCUCAGCUCACGGGACCUAAGGCUGGAGAAGCGUACCUUGUUUAGAUUGGACCUAGUACCCAUUAACCGCUCCGUGGGGCUGAAAGCCAAACCUACCAAACCAGUCACUGAGGUCCUGCGUCCCGUGGUGGCCAAAUAUGGUCUCCACCUCAGUGAUCUUGUGGCCAAAAUAAGUGGAGAGACGCAGCCUUUGGAUCUUGGUGCCCCCAUAUCGAGUCUAGAUGGCCUGCGAGUUGUGUUGGAACGAACGGACCCAUCCUCAGGGAAAGACAAAUCUAAGUCUUCCUCCCUAAAAAACCACCCUCCGACCAGGAGUUUUUCUGCAACAGGAGAUGAGAGGUCAACACCAAAGGACUUUUCUGUGAGAGCAAGUGGACCAGACUCUGCACUCCAAGGGGGAAACAGAAUACAGAAAAAGAUAAAUAUAGAUGAAGCUGAAGAAUUCUUUGAGCUACUGAGCCGGGCACAGAGCACCCGAGCCAAUGACCAGCGUGGACUCCUGAACAAAGACGAUUUGGUGCUUCCGGACUUUCUGCGCCUGACUUCAACCACUUCCUCCCGCUCCGUCUCCUCUGAUCUCGCCUGCUCCACCCCUGACUCUCUGAAACAGACCAGAGAGAACGGCAUGUCCUCGCGGGGGGCCUUCAUCUCCAGCCUUCGCUCAGAGAGCCUGGACUCUUCCCUCAGCUCCAGUGCCAACGGACACUCGGGGGUCAGGCGGUGCCUGCUGCCCCCUCCUCGCCACCCAACCUUCGGCACCCACUUGUCGCCUAUUCCCCGGCCCUCAGACACCCGGCCAAUCCUCCGCACUGUGGAGGAGGACACCCACACCGACCUGACCCUUGUGGGUGAAGGUGAUAUCAGCAGCCCCAACAGCACUCUGCUGCCUCCUUUACCAUCCCCCAUGCGGUCCUUCGAGAGCAGCUUGCCUGAAGCCAAUUUCACCCCACCACCACCCUGCUCCCAGCCACCAGACGCAGGUGGCGAGGAAAAGUCCAGUUCAGCGGGAAGAGUAGAAACAUCCAGCACCAAAUCACCGACCGACCAAGCCAAUGUUACACAGAUGAUUCAAGAAGUGAUGGAUGUUGAGGGAGUCCAUCUAGAAGAGGGAAGACAGGAAACAUCCCAGGGAGAAGAGUCUGAGCUGAGUCUGAGUUUCCAGGGCUACGUCGCCGAGCUGCGACAAUGCCAGAGCAAAAUGAGGAAUGCCCAGAUGCCACAGAAUGGCCACAACCCACCAGCAAGCAAGGAUUGCAAGACAGACCUUUACAAGGCCACAAUUGUCUAGAGGGAACCCCCACUGCUGCACUUUUUGCACAUGAAGCAUUGUCGUUUAAAAGUAAAUUAAUCAAACAAUUUGCUGCAUGUACAAGCUGUCAAUUGAAUCUAAAUAAAUAUAUAUAUAUAUAUAUUAUGGUGAUAGAUGUAUAUUUGCUACAAAUUCUGAUGUCUUCUUGUUGAGUUUUUGUAAUGCUUGUAAAUUUUGGACAGUGAUAUGUUUUUGUUAUUGGUAUGGUUUAAUUAUUAAGUGAAGAGCAUUUCUAUUAUGAAUCAUAUUAGACUGAAGACAACCUCAGAAGAAGCCUGAAUCUCAUUUUUGGGCAGUUUCUAGUAAUUCAAAGUAAACAUGAUUAAAAAGUUGUAAAUAAUGGGUUUAUUUUAGGCCACUGCUUGCUAAUAAGUCAUCAAGAUAAAUUAAAGAACUGGCUUAAAAGUGAGUCGUUACCAGCUAAAGGGAUUAACCAGUACAACAAUUUGUAGCAUCAGUGUUCACUGAGUAGCUUUUAACUGGAAGCAUUCUGCACAGGAAGACCAUGAGUUGAAAGUUACAGAAAUGGCUAGAAAGUGUUUCCCCAGCCCUCUUACGUAAUACUAAAUGAAUUAUUAACCAUUAUUUAAGCUAUUCUGAAAAAACUUACGGGCACAUCUCGUCUGACAAAAAGAUCUUUACAUCUGGAUAUGUGGUUAAAAGCUCCAGAAAACUUAAGAAAAUCUAGUAAACAGUCAUUUCUGACUAUUUGUUAAAUGCGACUUCUAGACACCAAAUACAUUUGGACAAAAAAGAGCUGAACCCAGUGUCCGUUUGCCAGUGUUUUUCUCAGUGUAGUGUAGAUGAAAGCUCUGGGGAAAAGCUUGUAAAUGUUUGUUUUUUAUUUAUUUUUUAUUCAAUAUUGUAUAACAGAUUUUAGUAUUGACAAAUGAUUUAAUGAGAUAUUAAUUAGUAAGUGAAACUUAAGGUAUUUUUUUGUUGUCCAAGUGUUGUUGCCCUGUUAGAAAGUUGUACCGACCGUAUGUUAACUGAAGUCUUUUGUUUUUAGAAUCAAAUGGGAGGCAAACUAUCAUUUUCUUCAAGAUCCGACUAUUUCUUUUUUUAUGUUGUCUUCUUAUGUUUUGCAAUUAAUACAUGAUGGUACCUUUAUUGCCUGUACUUUUUGCUUCUGUGGUUUUGAGAUUGUCCAUACUGGUGGAUAUAAAGCUUUAAUGAAUGUAAUUCCAACAAAUUGACACUUUUGACUUUUGUACUACAUAUUUUACUAAUUUAAAAGUCUGUUGAAGUUUGGAACCCAAAGUCUUACAUUCACAGACUUAGAUCCUCCUCCUAGGCAUAUUUGGCCAGCUCAUUGUAUUUGCUAAGUUAGUCAGCAUUGUCAAUAAUUAACGGUAUAGUUGUCUUAGUUGAACAAUUUCCUCUCUGGAGACACUCUGUCUUCACAUGGAGACCAGCUAUUUACACAACCGUUGAAAAGUUUGGUGUCACUUCAAAAUGUGCUUAUUUUUGAAAGAAAAGCAUUUUUUUCAGUCAAGGUAACAUUAAAUGAAUCAGAAAAACAGUCUAGACAUUGUUAAUGUGGUAAAUGACUAUUCUAGCUGGUACUAGCUGGUCUAGCUAGUUCUAAUGCUACAUUGUGCUAGCUAAUGGUGUUGAAAGGCUAAUUGAUGAUUAGAAAACCCUUGUGCAAUUAUGUUAGCACAUGAAUAAAUGUGUGAGUUUUCAUGGAAAACAUGAAAUUGUCUGGGUGACCCCAAACUUUUGAACGGCAACUGCUAAAUAGCACACAUGCUAUUUAGCAGUCCAGCCUCCUCUGUAUUUUUAGCUUAGCAUCUGGAGUGUGAUUAUUACAGCUGGGGAAAAUUAGAGGUUAGAUUCUAGGACUGGUGAGUUUGUCUUGUAGCAGCAUGCCACUGCUGGAAUGCUGAUAACACAUGAAUCUUAGUUAGUUGGGCCAUUUACUUUCAUGCUCAUGCCCUUAUUUCAAACAUACCGUGACCAUUGAGUUGGUGGUUUCAACUGUAAUUCCCUCAGAUCCUAAACUCACCCUCUGACCAGAUGUUCUCUCAUCUUAAGAACUUACAAAUACAACAUACCAAGAGAUUCUACGCAGGAACUCACCAGUAAAUGUUUUACUGUACAGACUGCUUUCACCUUCUGUUUCUCUGCCUGUCAUAGGCUAGCUAUGGUACCGUGGCACAAUGCAUGUUUGGUCUCUUACUUUGAAAGCCAGACACACCUGUGUUACUCCAUUCACAUUUUGUAACAAUUAACUGCAAAACUCAUUAUCAAUAUUUCAUCACUUAACAUCUUACAUAUAUUUAUUGAGGUCUAAUGGAUUGUAAUGUUGAUAUUCAUUGAUGAGAUAAUUUAUCAGGAAGUUGUUGAAGUUGUGUCGCUUAAUUAGCCUUAACUGACUUAGCUUUGUGACAUGGGUAAGUUCUGAGGGUCUAAUAAAUGUAACAGGAAAUUCCAUGAA